AUGGCUAAACCUUCUAAAUCUACCAAGAAGUUUCAAAGUAAACACUUGAAGCAUACUCUCGACCACCGUCGUGAGGUGCAAAAGCACAACAAAAAAAUGCAAACUCGUAAGAAGUCAAAGAAGACUGGCGAUGAGGAAGAAGAAGCCAAGCCAAAAACUGCCCAACCAAAGGAAGUCUUCAACGAUAUGUCAGUAGACGAAUUCUUUGCUGGUGGGUUCGAAGUUCCUAAGGAAAAGAAGUUUAAGAACAAGAAGACUACCGAUGAUAAUGACGAUGAGGAAGAAUCAUCCUCCGACGAAGAGGAUGAAGAAGCCAUGAAGGCCGACUUGAAGAACUUGGCAGACAAAGAUCCGGAAUUCUAUAAAUAUUUACAAAAUAAUGAUAAGGACUUAUUAGAUUUCGAAGGUGUUAAUCCAUUAGAUGCCAUGAGCGAAGACGAAGAUGACGAAGAAGAUGAAGAAGAUGAAGAAGAAGCGGAUGCAUCUUCCAAAUCUAAGAAAGCCAAGAAGGCUGCUGCACAGGAAGAAGAAGCUUCCAACAAGGUCGAAAUCACUACUAAGCUUGUAAAGCAAUGGGAAACCCAAUUAGCCGCCAAGCCAAACAUAAAGUUGAUCAAAAAUAUAGCUAUUGCCUUCAAGGCAGCCGUAAACAUUCAAAAUGCCCAAGAUGAAGACUAUAAAUACGCUGUCACCGACCCCACUGCCUUCAACAUGCUCAUGUUGUUAACCUUGCAAAAAGUCCCAGAGGCUAUCCAAAAAAUCAUAAAAUAUAAGGUACAUGCUGGAACAGGUGCUAGAUCAGUUCCAGAGAAGAACUCUAGCGUUAAGCCAAUUGGUGCAAUUUUAAAGUCAAUGGCCGGAUCUUACAUCACAUUGUUAAAGGAUAUCAACAACACAGAGACUGCAGCAUUAGUUCUUGUUUCGUUACAAGAGAUCUUCCCAUAUUACUUGUCAUACAGAAGAUUGUUGAAGGAAAUUUUGGGUGCUGUUGUUCAAGUAUGGUCUAGUACUGGAGAUGUUCAAACACAAAUUGCCACUUUUGCUUUCUUAAAUAACGCAGCUCGUGAAUAUCCAAAGACUAUCUUGGAGACUGUCUUGAAGUUGACAUACUCCACAUUCUUGAAAAACUGUCGUCAGACUAAUGUCCAUACUAUGCCAAAGAUUAAUUUCUGUAAAAACUCGGCCCUGGAAUUGUUUGGAAUUGACGAAACUUUGGGCUAUCAAGUUGGUUUCGAAUACGUUAGACAAUUGGCCAUCCACUUAAGAAACUCCAUCAAUGCUACUUCCAAUGCUAAGGAAGGCUACAAGACUGUAUAUAACUGGCAGUACUGCCAUAGUUUAGAUUUUUGGUCACGUGUCUUGGCUAGACAGUGUCAACCUGAUCAAGAGCUGUUGAACAAGAAGGAAUCCCCCUUAAGACAAUUAAUCUACCCGUUAGUCCAAGUUACUUUGGGAACCAUCAGACUUAUUCCAACCGCCCAAUUCUUCCCAUUGAGAUUCUAUUUAAUUAAAUCAUUGAUUAGAUUGCAACAAGGGUCUGGUGUGUACAUACCAAUUUUCCCUCUCUUAUCAGAAAUUUUAACGUCAACUGCCAUAACGAAACCACCAAGAAAGGGUGUCAAGUUAGAAGCCAUUGACUUUGAAAACAACAUUAAAGUUAACCAAGCUUACUUAGGAACUAAAUCAUAUCAAGAUGGAUUAUGUGAACAAUUCAUAGAAUUGUCCAGUGAGUUUUUCGUUAUGUACACCAAAUCUAUUGCAUUCCCUGAAUUAGCAACCCCUGCCAUCUUACUGUUAAGAAGGUUUACCAAGAAGCUGAAGAAUAUCAAGUUCAACAAGCAAUUGCAGCAAUUUGUUGAAAAGCUUUCCACCAACUCCGAAUUUAUUUCUGCCAAGAGAUCCAACGUUGAAUAUGGCCCUUCUAACAAGAAUGAAGUUAACAAUUUCUUGAAGGAUUUAUCAUGGGAAAAGACUCCAUUGGGACAAUAUGUUGUAGUGCAGAGACAAACCAAGGAAGAGAAGUUGAGAAUCUUGAAGGAAGCUUUGGCCGAUGAGGAAGAAGCCAAGAAAGCCCAAAAGGAGCGCGAAGCCAACGAUGAAGACGAUGACAUUGAAAUUGACGAGGAGGACGAGGAAGACGAAGAAGAAGAGGACGACGAAGAAGAAUAG